GGAGGGAAGGGGAGUGAAAUGGCUGUCCGGCGAGCGGAUGGGGAGAAAUUUAUGUGGGGUUAGAUGGAUCAGCGCGUGACCCAUGCCCAACAUGGCGGGCUUGCCGGGGCGCAUCCGGGCGCCCCUUAUCCGUCCAGUAUUUCGGCUUGAUAUGAGGGAUGGCAUUCAGUCCGGGCGUUUGGGGGCUGUUUGAGUGGCCACUUGGGCUAAAAAAUCAUGACAGAAUAGUGAACGAGCCGCUUGAGUAUAAAGCGGGUUUGAGGCGCCCAGCUGUAGAGGCUUAAGCUAGCCUUUUACGCGCUGCCCGGGUGCAACACCCCCGUGCUUUCCUGUGUCCCUGCAACGUCGCUGCCAUGAGACGAUAUCACAUGCCGCCGCACCGGACUCUAGACCGCGGAAACUGCUCGACACGUCGCGUCGUGGGUGUUGGGCGUCUCAUCGCAGGCUCGCCACAGCGUUGCUCGACUCGGUAAAGGGGAGGAGCACACCAAGUCUCUAGACGAGAAACAAGAAUUCCUUACUGUGCAACUCCAGUCUGGGCAGCGCGGGCCGACGCGAGCGUCUCACCAAGGUUCCACGAAGCGUUGCUCGGUAUAUGUGGGAGGGGCACACCAAGCUUGCAAGCAAACAGGAAGCGCCGACCAGUUGACGCACGGCUCGAUCCAUGGACUCCUCGCAGAAACACCUUGGAUCCAUGGAUGCCAAGAUGCCUCUUCUGCUGUUUGUGACCCAGGCCAAGAAGCCGAUGGCCGCUUGUCCGCUCCAGGAUGCUACCCUCCUGGCCAGCGCUUGGGCGCUCGUCACCGCAGGCCUCUUCGCCGUCUCCUACGCCUUGGGCUCCCAAGUCGUGGACGCGCUCUGCAUCCAGCAGCUGCCGUGGUGCGAUUUCCGCGAGGAGAACGCCGUGGAACGCUCCCUCCGGAUCGGCCUGUGGUGCUGCGCCGUGCUCCAGGCGGCCACGGCGGCGCUGGCUCUGCUGCUCCCGUGCCGGCGCCACCGCCGGAUCCGCCGUGCCGUUGCCUACCUCGCCGUCGCGGUCGCCAUCGUCAGCCACUGUAUUUUGGCCAGCCUCGUCCUCCUCUCCGCCGACGCAGGACUAGGGUACCUCUUGCUCAUCCCCUUGAUCGUCUACGCCGCGGCGGCGCUGGUGCUGCUACUCCCGUGCCGUUGCCUCCGGAUCCGCCAUGCCCUCGCCUGCCUCACCGUCGCGGUGGCGGUCGCCAUCCUCGGCUGCUGUAUUUUGGCGAGCUUCGUCCCCAUCGCUGCCGACACAGGACUAGGCUGGCUCAUUCUUUCGGUCGUCGGCCCGGCGUUCAUCUUCACCCUUGCGGUGGGCGACCUCAGCUUCCUGGCCCUCCUCCGGGGAGGGGAAUUCCCCUGGGAGUUCCGCUGAGGAGUAGCUGCUGAUCGGUCAGCCGCAAGCUCAUGCCCAUCGAUCACCUCAUGAGGUACUGACGCACAUAACGAUCGACUUGCAGGGAAUAUUAAUAUUGCGGUGCACUUCAUCUGCCUAGUAUUGGACCUUAAUAAUUUGAUGCUGAAUUAGCCUAUUAUUUGUGUGAUCGAGAUAUGCUAUUGAGUAGUA